UUGAUCCAGUCCUUCAUACAGGGCCCAAUGGCAGUCGAAGCAGCUCUGGCAGGCCUCCGGGCAGAAGUGAGCUGUCCCAUCUGUCUGGAUGACCUGAGAGACCCUGUCACCAUCGAAUGUGGGCACAACUUCUGUCGCUUCUGCAUCCAACAGUCCUGGGCUGACCUGCGGGACAGGUUCCCGUGCCCUGUGUGCCGUCACCAGUGCCAAGAGAGGCACCUGAGGAGCAACACCCAGCUGGGAAGGAUGAUCGACAUCGCCAGGCUCCUCCAGAUCACCAGGAGCAAGAAGAAGCGGCAGGAAGACAGGCGCUUGUGCGAGAAGCACAACCAGGCCCUGACCCUCUUCUGUGAGGAAGACCUAGAGUUGUUGUGUUCCCUGUGCACUCAGCCCCCUGACCACCAGGGCCACCAGGUGAGGCCCGUGGAUGAGGCCGCCGCUCAUCACAGGCAAAAGCUCAGCAGUUACAUCGAGCCCCUGAAGAAGCAGGUGGCAGACAUUCAGAAAUUAAUAAGCAUUCAAAGCAAAAAACCAUUAGAAUUGAGAGAGAAGGUGGAAAACCAAAGGCUGGAAUUACUCUCUGAAUUUGAGCAUCUGCGGCAGUUUUUAGAACGUGAUCAGGAAUCAAUUCUCUCAAGAUUAGCUGAUGAAGAAAAGGCUAUUCAAAAGAAACUCAGCACUAAUAUAACUGCAUUUUCAGAGUACAAUUCCACGCUCAAAGGUCUACUAAAUAAACUAGCAGAGAGCAGUGUGCUGCCGGAAGUAGAAUUGCUAUUACAAAUUAAAAAUUUCUACAAGAACUCUGAGGAGUUCAGCCCAUCAGUCUUUUCAGUUCAGUUAAGGAGGGAAGGCUGCAGUUUUCCUUUCCAGUAUUCUGCUUUGCAGAAAAUUAUAAAGAAAUUUAGAGUAGAUAUAAUUCUAGACCCUGAAACAGCACACCCUAACUUGAUCGUCUCUGAGGAUAAAAAAUGUGUGAGAUAUACAAAGAGAAAACAAAACGUUCCAGAUUUUCCAAAAAGAUUUACAGUCAACACGGUUGUCCUGGGUUUUCCCUUUUUUCAUUCUGGCAGGCAUUUCUGGGAGGUAGAAGUGGGAGACAAAAUCAAAUGGGCUAUCGGGGUUUGCAAAGACUCUCUUUCUACAAAGACGAGGAGGAGCCCAUCGGCCUGUCAGGGAUGCUGGACGAUUCGGUGGCAGGGAGACAGUUAUGAUGCCCCAGGAGCUGGCACGACCCCUCUUCCGUCAGAAGUGAAACCCAAAGGCAUCGGCAUCUUCCUGGAUUACGAGAUGGGUGAGGUCUCAUUUUACAACAUGACCGACAAGUCUCACAUCCACACUUUUACUGACACUUUUAAUAGACCCCUUAGGCCUUAUUUCUAUGUGGGACCUGAUUCAAAUCCUCUCAGAAUCUGCACAGGAACAGAUUAUGAAUGAAAACUUUCUAACGGGCUGGAUCAGUUUAAUAAUUUUUUUUUUUAAUGGAAGGUGGGUAUUUUUUUUAAUUGAAUUUACUGGGGGACAUUG